GCCUGUUGUGCGGGUCUGUCUGAUACCACGAAGCUAACUGCACCUGGACCACCAACCCUUCUGCUUCGCUUAGCAUAAUGUCUAAGGCUGCUCUGGAUUCCGAUAUCUAUGGAGAUAUAUACGGCGACGACGAGGACCCCUUGGCUUCGGUGACGAGCACUCAGGAUGAGCAAUUCCCGUUGGACGGGGAAGGUGAAGAAGAUGACGACCUCACGAUUAUUACACAGAAUGAUCAAGAAACUUCUCUGAACAAGACUUCACUGCUGGCAGGGAAAGAUGGAGCUGGAGGCUCUAGCGAAAACGGUGCAUUUACCAGGUUGAAGGGCGACAACGACCUUUCAUAUUCCGCACAAAUAGCACAACAAUUCUCUGUGUAUCAGCAGACACCCAGCCAGGAGCGCCAGCAACGUUCGGUCUCUUCAUUUAUGUCAACGGCGAGUACGAACGGCGGUACGAACGGCACGGCACCGAUUGCUACGCUAGACUCGAGCAACAAUGGGGAAGUCGUAUAUGGAAAAAAGCCGUCCGAAAUGCACGAUCAUGGGUAAGCUUGAUUAGUCGCUGGUCCUUUUCACCCUCUUGUGUUUGCUCUUCGGAUCAUACUCGCUUUCUUGAUUGGCAUCAUUAUUCCAGUUGGAACGACCCGAACCCUUCCAAUGGGCUUCGCCACAGACCAGGUUUCCUGGCAUUACGUUCCUGAUAGACACGCUCUUAUUUUCGUGUGCUACUCCAUUUGGUAUUGGAUACUAUAGAGCAGCCGUGCUUUAGGAUACUCCGUACCUUGUGCCAUCCAGCGCAACGAUGUUGUCCACGACGAUUUGCGUAUUUCUUCUUCGUUUCUGGUUCUCUUUUUUUGUUACCUCGGAUACUAAUAUCUCGCCAUUCUAUCUGUUUCUCUGUUAUCGUAUCUCUCUAUCUCAUCGUCGAAACUCCUUAACUCGCCACACUGUUUAUCCUGCACUUCUCGCACUUCGCCUAUGUUUCCUCUACUACUGUCACUCGUCGAACAACUUCAUAGCAAACUCUUCAUCGGGGGACUUUCCUGGGAUACCACAGACGGUACUCUAUUCUCUCAGAACUGCUUACUCAUACCUACCACUAAUCACAACUUUUCUCGUUCGCAUUCUUCGACUCGUGCAACUAGAGGGCCUAGCGAAAUACUUUUCGCAGUUCGGGAAGGUUGACGCAUGUACCAUAAUGCGAGAUCCUUCAGGAACCUCAAGAGGCUUCGCAUUUUUAACAUAUGAAGAUGGUUCAGCGGUUAAUUCUGUCAUUACACGGGAACAUUUUCUGGACGGAAAAACAAUUGACCCGAAGAGGGCUAUACCGCGUGAAGAGCAUUUGAGAAACACCCGAUAUUUCGUUGGCGGUUUAGCGCCUAAUACAACGUCGGAAUCGAUGAAGGAAUUUUUCACCACAUACGGCAAAGUUGUUGACGCGACAGUCAUGCUGGAUCGUGAAACAGGUCGCUCGAAGGGUUUCGGUUUUGUUACUUUCGAGGAUGCUGCCAAUACGGAUCAACUAGUCGGAAAGGCGUUGACUUUGGACGAUAAACAGAUUGAGGUGAAAGCAGCGCAACCACGAAGUCAGCGAGACCAGACGCGGAAUAGUAUGAAUAACACUCCUGUUGUUGGGAACAGCACGAGUGGAAACAGAGAAACGUUUGAGAACCGGUUACAGGCGACAAAUGUACCGUUCGUUCAGCAGCAAAAUCCCAUGUCGAUGCUUUUACAAGCUCAACGGGGCGCUGGCGUAGGAAACAUGGGGAUGGGUGGGGCGGGUGGUAUGAAUCCGAUGUCGAUGAAUAUGAAUGUGAACCCGAUGGCGAUGAUGAAUAUGAUGAAUCCCGGUAUAGGUGGUGUGGGGGGAAUGGGAGGAAUGGGAGGAAUGAACAUGGUGAAUACAAUGAAUGGGAUGGGCGGUGGAGGAGGAGGUAUGGGUAUGAUGAAUGGGAUGAAUAUGAUGGGUGGUGGUAUGGGAAAUAUGGGGAUGAUGGGUGGCGGUAUGGGGGGGAAUAUGGGUGGUAUGAACGCUAUGGGGAAUAUGGGAGGAAUGGGUAACAUGGGGGGAAUGGCCAACAUGGCCAACAUGGCCAAUAUGAACAACAUGAACGGAGGAAUGCGGUUAGGAAUGGGACCUAUGGGUGGUGGAAUAGGAGGGGGGAUGAUGGCGAUGGGAAUGCGGCAAGGUAUGAACGGCAUGGCGGGUCUCAAUCGAAUGCAGAAUACUGGAGUUGGACCAUUGAGGAUGCACAAUAAUCGUGGCCAGCAUAACUUCCACCCCUACUCCAGGUAGUUCUCAUCCCCGCCUUCUCUUUUCCAGUUCUUUAUACAUCGAAAACAUAGUGUAUUGUCUGCUGUAAUCUGCUUCCAUCUAACUUACUGGAUUUCCUCAUUGUACUUUGAGGUACUUAGUACUAUAUACGUCCCGACCAAAGCCGC